AUGGAGGUAAAGUUGCGAAAAAACGAGAAAAAACAGCAGCAAAUGAUGAGGUUCCUAGCAAAGGCGAUCCGUAAUCCCGAAUUCAUCCAUAAGACAAGUUUGGAAGUUUUUACGGGUGCCAAGUGUCGGAACUCGAAGCACUCGCGUUGGAAAUGCAGGGGUUCGGUAGGGCCGAAAGGGAGAACGAGGAAAAAACAGAAAGGGCUCGGCGAAUUUGAGAUGUGUUAUGAUGAUGAUGAUGAUGAUGAUGAUGAUGAUGAUGAUGUUGAUGAUGAAGAGCUUGAUGAGGGGUUUUGGGAGGAGUUUUUUAGUGAGGGGUUUGGUGAGUUUGAAGGUGAUGAUGAUGAAGAGGAGGAAGAGGAUGUGAAGCUGUUGGCUGAUAGAAGCCCUAGAUUCAACAUCGAGCUCGAGCCCUCGAUCCUCGCAUGCGGCACGAAGAGGAAAACUAGGUUGUGCCUGCGGAGCAAGCCUCGUACGGCGCCAUGGCAAAUAUAA